AUGUCGCACCGCGCAUCAGACGACCUAGCCCAAGUGCCCCACCUCGCCGGCGACCUGGGCGGCAAGCGCCAGUUCGUGAUCAGGGGCGACCUGGCGUACGUCGGCGAGAAGGGCGAGAACGGCGCCGAGGCGACGUACCAGAAUGCCGAGGGCGCGCCGAUCGAGACGACGAGUCCGCUCGGUUACAACGUUGGCUAUUGGAGCAGUUUCUUCCUCAACGUGUCGAUGAUUAUCGGCACGGGUAUUUCCUCGUCCAUCCUCCACGGCGUCGGAUCAGUCAGCCUGUCCCUCAUCUACUGGGUCAUCGGCGCGGCGAUCGCCUUCAGCGGCACGUCGGUGCUGAUCGAGCUGGCGAGUUACUUCCCCUCGCGCUCGGGCUCGAAUGUCGUGUACCUCGAGCAGGCGUUCCCGCGCCCGCUGUACUUCUGGCCUCUGGUAUUCGCGUUCCAGGUGAUUGUGGUGCGCUUCAACUCUGGCAAUGCGUUUGUCGUCGCGUCCUACCUCUUCCGCCUCAGUACGCACACCCCGACCGACUGGGAGAUCAAGGGCGUGGCCAUCGCCGUCGUGACCUUGGUGUCGGCGCUCGUGAUCGUCCACCAGAAGCUGUCGCUGCACGUGAUCAACGUCCUUGGCGUGGUCAAGAUCCUCACCCUUGUCUUCAUCACGAUCACCGGCUGGGCCGUCCUCGGCGGCGGGUUCAAGCACAAGGUCGCCGACCCCAACGCAAACUUCCGUAACUCGUUCAAGGGCACCAGCAGCGACGGCUACGGUAUCUCGAACGCGCUCGUGUCCAUCAUCUACUCGUACACGGGCUACGAGAACGCCGUGCGCUUCGCCAACGAGGUCAAGGACCCCAUCCGUACCAUCAAGAACUCGACGUUCACGUCUGUCGGUAUCGUCUUCUUCCUGUACUUCUUUGUCAACAUUGCGUACUUUGCCGCGAUCCCCGCCGAGGCCGUCCUCCACUCCGACCUCACGACCGCGUCGCUCUACUUCAAGACACUGUUCGGCGCCAAGGCUGCCCGCGGCCUCACUAUCCUGCCCAUCCUCUCGGCGGUGGGCAACAUCACGGCCGUCAUAACAGGCCAGGCGCGUCUCAUCCGCGAGAUUGGCCGCCAGGGCGUCGUGCCCUACCCUCACAUCUGGGUGCAGACCAAGCCAUUCGGCACGCCCAUCUUCCCCGUCUUCAUCAUGUGGUUCUUCGCUACCUUCUUCAUUAUUGUGCCUCCUGCCGGCUCGGCCUUCAACUUCAUCAACGCGCUCCAGAAGUACCCCUCGUCCUUCUUCCUCGCGCUCAUGACGGUCGGUCUCUACUUUAUCCGCCACCAGCGCGCCAAGGUCGGCCUCCCGCGCUCCUCCUACCGCUCGUGGGACUUUGUCAACAUCUUCUUCUUCCUGACCAACGCGUUCCUUCUGGUCAUGCCCUGGGUUCCGCCCAAGGGAGGCCUCAACGACUCGAGCUUUGGCUUCUUCUACGGCACUGCGGCGUUGGUUGGCCUUGGCUUCAUCCUCCUCUGCGGCGGCUACUACGUCCUCUGGGUCAAGAUCCUGCCCAAGCUUGGCAACUACCAGAUCCGCAAAAUUGUCGUCACGCACGACGACGGCUCGAUCGGCCACCAGCUCAUCAACGUCCCCAACGACGAGGUCGACGAGUGGGACCGCAAGCACGACCCUGCGGGCCACUCGAUCACCUCGGCCGACGACAACAACGUCGAGUAUGUCAAUGUCGACGACGAGGGCAAGGAGAAGGUGUAG